ACCUCAUAGUUCAAAACUACCCAAAGUAUUUCCGAAUCGUGGAGGUACUAUUAUAGCUAAAUUUUUCAAAACGAUCGAGGAUGAUUUCGAAGCAGACAAACGCGAAUCCGUUCCCAAAGCAAACACAAAAGUUCAACGAAAAGCUACCGCGCGAAAACCUCGGACCGUUCGUAAACCGAAAGCUCAAUCCGACAUUCGUAAGGUUUUCCAGAAAUAUCAAGAUAAUGAUGAGAAAUUGCUCAACAAUUUGAUGCUGGAGCAUACCGUGGCAGAUCGGCUAGAUCCGGAGCAGUUUCAACUGGCGUUGGCCAUGUCUCGAUCGCUGGUCGAUCAAGGAGGAUCACAGCAAAGCGAUAGUUUGGCAUCGUUGGAUAAUGCUAAAGCUUCCAAUAGCAGCAGCUCGGUGUCAUCGGAAGAGCGACGAAUUCAAGGCAUCCGGGCAACCCUGGAACAGUAUGGGUUCAAGUGUAAAAACAGCUACCAGGAUUACGAUUUGAAUGUAAUGUUUGGUAAUAAUACCACAGCGAUGAAGCAUUCCAAGAAGGGUAAAUACCGAAGACCAAGCUUUCUUGUUCGAAGAAAUCGAGAAGACUUGAAGGCUUUCAUGAAGGCACAGUGCGAGCGGUUACUGAAAGAGGAAUUAAACCAGCCUUUGGUGGAAAGCACUAACGUAAAUUGUGAUAUUCGAACCUACGGCAGUGACACAUUCUGGAUGAAUCAAAAUACGGAGAAGUGCGAUAGUGGUAUGACAGAUUACUAUGUGGAUGGUUUGGUGGAAAUGAAUGCUGUCGGAGCAGGUUAUCUGUUGAAAAGCUGGAGCAGAAUCCCGGGACGAGAAUGGACUCCCGAGCGAUGUGAGAAGCCUUCCGAUCCGGAGCCCAUAUGCGAAAUCGACAUUCAACCGGUUGAAUUCGAAGGUUACGAGUUGAUUGAAAACCCGGAAGAUUCUCUCCUGGACAUGAAUACAGUUCCGGAAGAGUAUCGGAAAGAGUAUAACAAUGAAGCACCGGUGUAUGUUCGGCCGGAACGAUCGCAUUCUCCGGAUCUCUUUGCUUCGGAUAGUGGUGGGGAAGCGGACGAGAAUCCUAAACCAGUGGAAUCGGUUGAGGUCCGUGAGACUCCCAGUGAUGACGAUGAAAGCGAUUUGGGUGCGAAUAAAGAAGAGAAUAAGAUAUCUGCUCUGAUGUGCACCAGCUCGGAAAAUAUUUUCGAUGAUUGCGAACCGAUUCUAGACUGCGACAUGUACUCCAGUGAGGAAGUAAAGAUCUGCACUGUUGGAACAAGCGAAGCAUGUGAUAAAAGUAACUCCCCACCUGGAAGAACACCGACCAAGACCAAUGCGGAAAUGGAUGUCGAACAAGACCACGUGAUUUUGAUAAGUUCAGAAGAAAACAGUAAUGAGAAGAUAGAGCCUACGCUGACCGAGGCUCUAUUUCCUUCCCCUCCUAAAGAUCUGUCCUUCCAUGCGUUGGCUAUCCAGGACAGAUUGAGUCGUGCGUCAAUAAAUGAGAUGGAAACGAUAGAACUUCAGGAAGAUAUUGACGAUGCUGAAGAUGUCACCCAGGACGACGACGACGACGACAGGCCAUCUCAGUCGAUCGAAGAAAACAACGAUAAACAGCAAGUAUCAAAUCAUAGUAAAACAUCACUGCAUUCCAUUCAAAACGAACUCGAUGAUGAAGUACUGGUAAUAUCGGAUGACGAAGUGAAUUAUUCUAUGCAGCAAAAUGAUUCUUUGCUUUACAAUGUAUCUCCCAUAGCUUCCGAAGCUUCGGUUGGUGAUGUUCCGCCGAAUUCGAACGGAGAGCAGAAGGUUGCUGCUGAACCAGGCUUAGAUCUGAACGUCACAACUGUCUAUUUUAACGCAGAUGAGUUCAAAGAAUUGAAAGCAAUUGAAGGUGGGUGCAAUGAAAAUGUCUGCUGUAUCUCUUCCGACGAGGAAAACGAUAAAAAUUCGAAUGGAAAGUCUGUGGCAGCCGAUAAUACUAUGGCAUUUUUGGAUGAACUGAUUCAAAAAUAUAACCUACCUCCAAGUCAACCAAACUGUGAUAAACCAAAUCAAUCCGAACUGACAAACUAUUUAGAUAAUUAUGAAAUACCCGAUUUUCCGGAGGAAACAGAAACUGAACGAGAAAACAAAUCUGUUCGUAGUUCACCCGUUUCCCCAAAGCAAUUCGUUCCAUCGGAGGAAAUCGAUCGAGAGAUCGAACAAAUUUUAAGUCAGGCAAAGCAAACCUGUACUCAACGGGGGCCAACUGAACCGCGAAGCAAACCAAUCAAGCGUACCAUUUCCGAUUCGGCUUUGUUGCGUCAAAACAAACGAAAACCCCCCAGCGUACCUCUCGGUGCUGAGAAGCAAGAUUCUUUCCAAACAAAAUUCAAACAGCUUACCGAAGAACCAGAACCGCCGCCCGCUAAAUACCAGAUCGUCUUGGACGGUGUGAGUCCUCGACCGGAUUAUGACGGAAUGGUUUCACCGGCGUUGCACCGGGAACUGUUCAAGUAUGGACUGAAACAGUUGAGUAGACCGAAAGCGGUGAAGAUGCUCAAUCAUAUCUACGAUCAGCUGCAUCCGUUGGUCGAAGUUUACGAGUCGGAGGAGAACGAUGAAGUAAAUUCGAGUCAGACGACAUCAGAUAACAAUGUUUCUGCGGUCGUAAAAAAGAUUGCCACUACCGAUGCGUCAUCGCAAUGCAAUAUGGACUCGUUCAGCGCGGAACUCCCCGACGAAGAGUACAUACUGCCAGCGAAGCCACGGAAAAAGACAUUCUGGUGCGCUGUCCCGCUGAACAUCGCUUUCUACAACAUGGUGAAGUUUAAUCAAUCGCUGCUCCGACAGAUAUUGUGCUAUCAACCGAUAGAUUUGGAUGCAAUCUACGGUCAACUGAAAGAGAUUGGUUUGCGGUAUGAAACGAAUGACCUGAUUGCCUUCCUGGACAAGCGCUGUAUCACUUUUCGGACAGCGCAGGGAAGUGGGAGUCGAACUAAGAAAAGCAAAACCAGCUAAAAGCUAAACCCAAAAAUAUAAACUUUGCGCUCGACAAAAUAAAAAUGAGGUUCCCAAUCUUUAUUGUAUCUAUUAGUAAAUAAAUUCAAGUGCAUCGACUUUAGACAUUA